AUGUGCAACAACGAAUGUGACGCCCUGACCGAAGAGCUGGCGCACCCUCCUGAGCUCAUGUUUGACUUCGAAGGCCGAAAUCCCACCACGUUCUGGCAGUCGACAUCCUGGAAGAAGUACCCCAAACCGCUGCAGGUCAACAUCACUCUGUCCUGGAACAAAACGGUGGAACUCACAGACGAUAUUGUCCUAACUUUUGAGUCUGGCCGGCCCGAGCAAAUGGUCCUGGAGAAGUCCUUGGAUUACGGCCGCACUUGGACUCCAUAUCAGUUCUACGCCACCGAUUGCUUGGACGCGUUCACGAUGGAGCCCAAAACUGUGAAGGACCUCACACAGCGCACCCUGCUGGACAUUAUCUGCACCGAGGACUACUCCAGAGGCUACGUGUGGAAGAAUGAUAAAACCGUGAGAUUCGAGAUAAAGGAUCGUUUUGCGUUGUUCGCCGGUCCGAGGCUUCACAACAUGGCGUCGCUGUACGGGCAGCUGGAUACCACCAAGAACCUGAGGGACUUCUUCACCAUCACAGACCUGCGCGUGAAGCUGCUGAAGCCGGCCACCGGGGCCACCAUGGUGGACGAGAACAACCUGUCCAGAUACUUCUACGCCAUCUCGGAUAUCAAAGUGCAGGGCAGGUAA